UAUAUGACGUGACUGUGCAGACGGAUCUCGUUCUUGAGGGUUACGCGCGACUUCCUCAAAUUGAAAAAUGAAACCCAAGGCGGAGUUGUCUAGUGAACCUACGUGGAAUCAAUUGCAACAGUACUUCAACAGCAAUGGCUCGAAAAUUAACAUAUACAGUAUGUUCCAGCAAGACCCUAAACGCUUCGAAAAGUUUAGUUUGGAACUCGCUACUCCAGAAGAUGGACCAAUUUUGUUGGAUUAUUCCAAGAAUAGGAUUAACGAAGAAAUACUUGGAUUGUUAUUCAACUUGGCACGUGCACGAGAAGUAGAAACUGCGAGAGAUGCUAUGUUCAAUGGCGAGAAGAUUAAUUUCACAGAAAAUAGAGCAGUUUUGCAUAUUGCUUUGCGUAACAGGAGCAAUGCACCGGUAUUAGUAGAUGGAAAGGACGUAAUGCCUGAUGUCAAUGCAGUGUUGGAGCACAUGAAGAGUUUCACAAAUGAGGUAUUGACGAAACAAUGGAAAGGAUUUACUGGCAAACCUAUCGAAGAUGUUGUCAAUAUCGGAAUUGGUGGUUCUGACUUGGGUCCGCUUAUGGUAACUGAAGCUUUAAAAGCGUACAGCAUUGGACCGAGGGUUCACUUCGUCAGCAAUAUAGAUGGUACUCACAUAGCCGAAACUCUCAAGAAACUUAAUCCAGAGACAACCUUGUUCAUAAUAGCUUCCAAGACAUUCACCACACAGGAAACUAUUACCAACGCAACUACUGCCAAACAAUGGCUGUUGAAGGCAUUGAAAGAUGAUUCUGCAGUGGCCCGUCAUUUUGUAGCAUUGUCUACGAACGAACAAAAAGUUAAAGAAUUUGGUAUCAAUGUGCAAAAUAUGUUUGGAUUUUGGGAUUGGGUUGGUGGACGUUACUCGCUGUGGUCAGCUAUUGGCUUGUCGAUUUGCCUGUCAAUUGGCUUCGAGAAUUUCGAGAAGCUUUUAAGUGGGGCUCACUUUGUGGAUCAACAUUUUUGCACAGCACCAUUGGAGAAAAAUAUACCUGUUAUAUUGGCUUUGCUCGGCGUAUGGUAUCAAAAUUUUUACAAGGCUGAAACGCACGCACUAUUACCGUAUGAUCAAUAUCUACAUAGAUUUGCCGCUUACUUUCAACAAGGCGAUAUGGAAAGUAAUGGAAAAUAUGUUACUCGUUCCGGGAAGACUGUAAAUUAUUCCACUGGACCGAUCGUUUGGGGAGAGCCAGGCACUAAUGGACAACAUGCGUUUUAUCAAUUGUUGCACCAAGGUACAAAACUUGUGCCAGCAGAUUUCAUAAUUCCCGUUCAGACUCAAAAUCAGAUUCCUCCGCAUCAUACAAUUUUACUUGCUAAUUUCUUUGCGCAAACGGAAGCUUUAAUGAAAGGCAAAAACGAGAACGAGGCUCGAGCUGAAUUGCAAAAAUCGGGACUGAGCGCUGAAAAAGUGGACGCGCUGUUACCGCAUAAAAUAUUUGAAGGAAACAGACCAACAAACAGCAUUGUAAUAAAGAAAUUAACACCCUUCAUUCUUGGUGCUUUGAUUGCGCUGUACGAACAUAAAAUCUUUGUACAGGGCAUAAUUUGGGACAUAAACUCUUAUGACCAGUGGGGUGUGGAGCUGGGAAAACAGUUGGCUAAAGCCAUUGAACCAGAGUUGGCGAGUGCAGAAACUAUCACAACGCAUGAUUCGUCGACUAACGGCCUGAUAGCAUUCGCUAAACGUCAUAAAAGUGUCCGUGCCGUGGAGUGGCGUGUAGUAACGUUUAACGAACCGGGACGAGAGAAGGAACAAAAACUAUGUAGUAGGGCAAAAUGGAGGAGAGGUGGAGGAAGAGGGACAGGGGACAAGCUGCAUGCACGCAGGAGCUACUACAGGCCGCUGCUGCUCGCGCUGUGUCUUCUGGCGUGGCCCCUGCUGUGCUCGACUAGUCCCUCGGAUCACCUCGUCUCCACCUUCGCACGAAACCCGACCUUCUCGGACUCCGUGCAACGGGAGGAGCCCAAGUCGUCGAACGCGCGGCCGAACGUGGACGAGCUCCAGUACGAGCAGAGCGGUGACCGUAGCCACGGCCAGUACCAGUAUCACCAGCCGGAGAAGAAGCCCGUUCAUCCGUACGUCGAAUAUUCCUGGGGACUGAAUCAGAUUAAUCCCUGGCUGUCGGCCUGCGAUCUGGCGGGGCCAGAGCCGGAGGACCUCCGCGGCAACUGCGACCCGGUGGACAUAUCCAGGCACUGCCCGACGCCGUGUAAGAAUACGAAAACGUCGCGUUCGCGGCGCGAGGCGAUCGAGAGGGCGGGGUUCGGCGACGCGAAAACUAGGACGACGUCGCGGACGAGGCGUGGAAGCGGGAACGAGGAGAAGGCAGGUGUGCGGACGGACCAGUGUUUUUUGUACCUCGACGAGUCGCACAAGAGGAACAUUUGCCUGAGCGCCGGCUCGAGGAAGAUCCGAUUCGAGCGUCUGAGGAAGCUGCGUCUGCGGCACUGCUGCGAGCACGUGGUGGUCAACGCCCUGGCGCCGGGGAAAGACGGUCCGCUCGAGGACGUGCUCGACGGCGGCUGGAGAUGCGAGAACGCCUUGGAGAAGCUCCUCGUCGUCGACGCCAUGGCCGCGAGACUGCACUGCGAAUUCGAGGAGAUAAUGCGACGCUUUGACUGCCGCCAGACGUAUUCUGUCGUCCACACCUGCUCGCAUUGCAGGGAGGCGUAUAGGAAAUGGAUGUGCAGCUCUCUCGUCCCUCAUUUUGCUCACGACAGUGAACCGACGCCGGUCGAAAUUUCGAAGGGCAGCUGGGCUAGUAGCAGAUUGAGGCCCUGCCGAUCUUUCUGCUACGCUGUAGAACAACGUUGCCCUUACUUACUUCCGACCGAUCGCGCUCCUGCACUCUCCACGCAGUACGCCGGCGAACCCACCUUUCUUUGCGGAGAUCCGGAAAUUCCGGAGACCGGCGAACAGGCCGCGAAGUCCGUGAUGGCCAGUCCCGGCGAGUGCUGCUACGAUUCGUGUACUGAGGACGACCCAGCGGCUGGUCUCUGCGCCAAUUGUACAGAACCGUGGAAACAUGGCAAGAUUCACGAUCCUCCGACAGCGCCUCAUUGUAACAUCGAUUCCGCUCAACCAACUGAUGGUCCGGUUUCGCAAGCGAGCAACACCAGCACCAACACAUCCAGCACCUUGGCGACGCCGACCACCACCGUCGAUCAGGACACUUUGUUCUGCGGCAACGGUCGAAUCGGUCGCGUCAACGUGUCCUCGCAGUGUCCUCGCUCGAGUCCGUCAUCGAUUAUGUGUUUUUAUAUAAUGUUAAUUUUUCUAUUGGUUUAAUGAUAAACUUACCCUACGCCUUCGCAGCGUAGAUGAAGGCCUGAGGUUGCCUGCAACCCCACCUUACUGCCAUAGAGUUAAAUGUUAAUAAUGUAAUAAUAUGAGUUAAAUGUUAAUAAGCGUUAAAGCUAAACAUAAAACGUUAA